AUGGCGACAAGCGCGUGCGUGGACCAGCAGCUGCGAUGCACCGAGUGCGACCUCAUUGAGAGCAACGCACCCGGCGAUCAACUGCAUAUCUGUAUGAGCUGCAAACUUGCCGUUCAUGAGCGCUGUUACGCAGACGCUCUGCACGUCACAGGGACGACGAGGAAGAGCAGUCGAUUGGAAGAAAGCGCCUUGAAGAGUGCAGGCUGGAGAUGCGACUGCUGUAUACGAGGCGUCCAGCGACAGAAGAUCGAUUGUGUGUACUGUGGGAAGAGCGGAGGUGUUUUGAAGGAACUGGUGGAGGUGGGUGAUGACGACGUGGCUUUUUUUUGGAGUUGGUACGCUCGGUUUUCAAGCGAUAGCGACUCUGGGCCGAUGGAUACGGUGCAGUUUGGGCACGUGCUGUGUAUCAAGUGGGAUCCACGUCGCUUGGCUGCAUACGUUGUGAAGGAGAGCAAGAUGAAGCUUGUGGAGAGAGUGUCGAAGAAGGAGAUUGCAAAGGACGUUGGAUCAGAGGCGAGCAGGAAAGAAGUAGAGAACAAGACAGAAGGUUGUAUCGAGCAGCAAGCUGAAGAGGUCAUGCCCGAUAUCAAGGAGGUGUUGCGGAGAGAUCUAGUUCCGUCUGGUGACUGCUGCUUCUGCAAAUCAAGUCGUGGCGUUCGUAUACAGUGUCGCCGAGUCCAGUGCGGUCGCGAUUUCCACGUCAUGUGCGCACACCAAGGAAAUGGCCACGUGGAGCUUCGGACGGGUCGUAUCAUGCAGUUUCAUGCGUACUGUGACCGUCAUCGCAAGUGUACUGAGGACAUUGGCGAUCUUUUAACUAAAUUGAUUACGCGCCCUAUCCGACUCCUUGUUGGUCGCGACGACAUGCGUCGAUUUGGCACUGUUGCAAAGCAUUUACCGGAUUAUGCCAGUGCUGCUGCCGUGAUGCGCGAUCUGGCAGCCUUGAUGAUUGGUUACUGUGCGAAAGGCCUGCGUGCUAGCAAGAGUGACCCGCCUGACUACAACGUGAAACACUUGCAGGUGCUCCAGUUCUUCUUGGGCCAUGUGCCACAGCUUGAAAAGGUGUAUGCGCUGCCGCCGAUGUCUGUACGAGAGUUUGUUAAUGAUACAAGACUGGUUCGUCGUCUUGAAAGAACAUUCGAUCCACCAGGAUACUCCGCCCAGUAUCCCGGACCAUCCAGUCAGCAAUACACUUGUGCCGUGUGUCUGGAUCCUUUUCACGAGCGACAACACUUAUUUUAUUGCUCCAUAGAAUCAGAAUCUGCGAUCCCGCACGUUCAGCACUGGAGGUGCACAAAGCGCCGAUCAAGCGUUCGCGAGCCUGAGAAGCAUCACCAAGUGGAAGGAAGCACGAGUACGACGAAUAAACGAAAGACAAUCUCGAUCGUGCAGAACGGUGUGCAAAAGGACGUUGCGAUACCAGAAGGGCUUUCAAGUGUGACUGGUGAUGUCAUUUGUGGUGUCUGUGGUGCCGCGGUCAAUACGCGUGGACUGAUUGGGUCCUGCAAGGAAGCGAAACGAUUGGAUUUCGAGAAGAAGGAGAGCAAGUUUGUGCAGAACGGUUGCUAUAUUAAUCCUGUUGGUGCCAAAGGCUACUGCUACGGACCAGACGCUUCAUCUCGCAAAUGGUUGGCAAAGUCGACUGACGGCAAACCUAAUGGCAACACGAUAGGACAGAACGCAGUGGCUCAUCAAGCUACAAGGCCUCCCAAGAUGGAUCGGAUCAAUGUUCAGCGAACGACGAAGUGGCUUACUUGCGUUGCUCGGAUCAUUCGCCUUGUUGGUGCAGCAGCUUCCAACGUCCAACCACAUCCCUACCCUGCUUCAGCUGCUUCUUCCGAGGCAGGCAGUGGUACUGCCACGUCCACAGUUGUGGCAUCGUCAGUUUCAGCUUUAACUGCAUAUAGGGCACCUGACUUGAACGAAGCUGCUUCUACGGAGCCGUCCCUAGGAAAAAGGGAUACAUCGAUAUCUGGGACCUCUACAGCAGCAACAACUACUUCCGAGCAGUUUCGUCCGUCUACCGUCGACUCGAAAGUGUGGAAACCGAUGCUACCUGCUACCGCCACCACGACUCACGUGCCGACUUCACUGCCAGUAAGGAAGGAGACGCCGUCGCUUAUAACGCCAGCUAUUCAAGCACAUUUUGAUGAAGUGAUGCGUCUGGUACGUCCGUAUGAUUCGUAUGCGCUCAACAAGUUGGAGACUGCGUAUGACAUGCUUCGUUGUCGCAACGGACCUGGCGUCGCAGUGCUGCGCAAGUUCACCCACGAAUACACUCGUUUCGUGUAUGUUAAGCACACCCGUGCCGUCGAAAAGGCCCGUAACGAAAAACGCAAGCGCGCAGAGUACCAGGCGCAAGAAAACCGUGCAAAAGAGCGGAAGCGCAUGAAUCUUGAGGCGGAGCAGGCACUAAAGAAGCGAAUGCUCGCGAUGCGCAACAAAUAG